AUGGACAGCAAUUACAACUCAUUUGGCGGCGGAGGAGGAUUCAUGCCGGGCGAGUCGAGCAGUCCGUCCGGAGGCAAGACUGGUGACCGGGACAACAAAACCCUCCGUCCCGUGACAGUGAAGCAAAUCCUCGACGCCUCACAGCCCUUCCCCGAAGCCCCGUUCCAAAUCGAUGGUGCCGACGUCGCCAAUGUCCUCUUCAUGGGCCAAGUACGCAACAUCAGCUCCCAGAGCACAAACGUAACAUACAAAAUUGACGACGGCACGGGCGAGAUCGAAGUCAAGAAAUGGGUCGACUCCACCACCGCGGACAACAUGGACACUGACGAAGGCAAAGCGCCCGGCGAUGGGAAGAGUGAGCUCGUGCUCAACGGUUUCGCACGGGUCUUGGGCUCCAUUAAAUCUUUUGGUAAUAAGCGGUACAUUGGUGCUCAUUCUGUCCGGCCCUUGUCCAAUAUCAAUGAGCUGCACACUCAUCUGCUUGAAGCUACUGCUGUGCAUUUGUUCUUCACCCGCGGCCCUCCUGGUGCUGCUACUGCUGGUGGUAAUGCUGCUGGUGGUGCCGAUGCUGUUAUGGGUGGUGCGGAUGACUACAGUGCGGGACAGAACAAGGCUCUUGCUUCAAUGUCGCCUGUUGCGAAGAAGAUUUAUCACUUGCUCAAGACUGAACCUCAGGAAGAUACGGGCCUACACCUGCAGGUCAUCGCUUCUAAACUGAACAUCCCUGCGAGUGAAGUGGCCAGGGCUGGUGAGGAGUUGCUCGGUGGUGGUGUGAUCUUCUCCACUAUGGAUGAGCAGACAUGGGCUAUUCUAGAGUACUAG